AUGAAGCCGGCUAAGUUAAUGAGGCACCUGACGACAAAGCACCCGGAGUUUAAGGACAGAACCAAAGAUUUUUUCUGGCGAAAAGGUGAAGAUUACAUGCGCCAGAAAACACGGAUGGUGAGCCUGGCCACUACAUCAGAGAAAGCACAGAAGGCUUCUUAUUUAGUGGCUCAGCGGAUCACUAAAAGUAAAAAGCCGCACACCAUAGGCCAAGAUCUCAUUCUGCCAGCAGCGAUAGAAAUGUGUGAGGUCAUGCUUGGAAGAGAAGCGGCUAACAAACUUAAACCUGUGCCACUUUCAAAUGACACCGUUAGGAGGAGGAUUGAGGAGAUGUCUGCUGAUAUUCAAUCCCAGUUACUGGACAGACUUCGUUCAUGUGAGCAGUUUUCUAUUCAGUUGGAUGAAUCAACAGACAUUUCCAGCGCAGCUCAGCUGAUUGUUUUAGUGCGAUACCCCUGGGAAGGAAAUAUUUUGGAGGACUUUCUGUUUUGCAAAGAGGUGCCGGGCAGGACAACAGGAGAAGAAAUCUUCAAACUUCUGGAUGCUUUUAUGACUGAAGCGGGACUCUACUGGGAGAAAUGUGUGGCUGUUUGUACAGAUGGUGCAGCGGCAAUGACCGGCCGCAAGAGUGGAGUUACCGCGCGGAUCAAAUCUGCCAAUCCGAGGAUCAUAACUACUCACUGCAUGCUGCAUCGGCAAGCACUCGCGUCCAAAGACAUGGGACCAGAUCUUAACUCUGUUUUGAAUGCAGCUGUGACUGCGGUUAAUUUUGUCAAGUCAAGAGCACUGCAGUCACGUUUGUUUGGACAACUUUGUAGGGAUAUGGACGCCGGCCAUGACGCACUACUUUAUCACUCUGAGGUACGUUGGCUCUCUCGGGGUAAAGUUUUGCAGCGGGUGUUUGAGCUACGCAAGGAAAUGGCAGAAUUCAUGAAAGAGGGAAAACCCGAAAUCGCACAUUUUUUUACGGAUCCAGAGAGUGUGGCCAAGUUGGCAUAUCUUACAGACAUAUUCAAUACAUUGAACAGCCUUAACCUCUCCACACAAGGAGGCCACACAUCCAUCCUAGAAGUCAGCGACAAGAUCGCUGCCUUCAUGAAGAAAACAGAUUUAUGGAGGAGAAGAAUACUGGAUGGGAUAACAGACAUGUUCUCCCAGCUGACUGAGUUUCUCAACACCAACAACCUGUCAGUUGCAACGGUAAAGGACGUCAUCGCCUCACACCUUGCAUCACUGAAUGAGCACUUCAGCUCAUACUUCUCUGACGUGAACACAGAGGCCUGGGACUGGGUGCGUGAUCCAUUUGCUUCUGCUGCAACUGGAAAUCAUCUCACAGGGAAAGCAGAAGAGCAGCUGUUGGAGCUGUCCAGUGACAGGACACAGAGAGUCCGAUUUCAGCAGGUUAGUCAUGCAAGCUCAUCCUUCUCAUUAAGUGAGUUAUUGGUGACGGAUAGGUGA